AUGACCUUCCCUUCGCAGGCGCCGGCAGCCGAGCAGCCGACGCGCGCCGAGAGCGAGCACAGCGGCGCCGACGACUCGCACAAGUCCAAGCUGGGUGCACCCGGCGACGAGGAGGGCCGCACGCUGGGCCUCAUCAGCGCCUGCGGCGCGACUUUUAAUCGCAUCGUGGGCACCGGUGUCUUUGCGACGACGUCGACACUUUUCGCGCAGUCGGGGUCGGUGGGUAUGGUCCUCAUCUACUACGUGAUCGGCGCGCUCAUUGCGGGCGCCGGCUUCGCCGUCUACGCGGAGUUCGCAUGCGCCUUGCCCAAGAACGGCGGCGAGUUGAACUAUCUGCAGCACGCCUACCGGCGCCCGAAGCACCUGGUGCUUGCGCUGUACGCGUCGCAGGCCUUGCUGCUCGGCCAGGCUGCCGGCAACGCCGGCGUCGCCGGCCGCUACUUCUGGCGUGCGGGCGGCAACGCGCCGUCGCAGUGGAGCUCGCGAGCCAUUGGCGUCGCCGUCAUCGUCUCUGCAGUCCUUCUCCACGGCACAUCCAUCAAGUGGGGUGUGCGCUUCCAAAACGCCAUCGGAGCAUUCAAGAUUGCCAUCAUGCUGGUCAUCGUGUUUGCGGGCUUCGCGGCGCUGGGCGGCCACACGCGCGUCCCCGUCGUGCCGAGCAACUUCGACAAUGCCUUCGCCGGCAGCCGCAGCGACAUCUACGGCAUCGCAUCGUGCAUCUACAAUGCUCUCUGGUCCUACGUUGGCUUCUCUAAUACCCUGUAUGCAGCGGGCGAAUUGAAGAACCCCACGCGCACCAUUCGCCGCAUGGGACCGAUCGUGAUCGGCGGCGUCGCGGUUCUCUAUGUGCUCAUCCAGGUGGCCUACUUUGCUGCCGUGCCGCGCGAGCAGAUCCUCGCCUCGACUCAGAUUAUCGCUGCCGAGUUCUUCGCCAACGUCUUCGGCGAGCGCUCGGCGCGGGCUCUCAGCGUCUUCGUCGCACUGAGCGCCACCGCCAACGUGUACGCCGUGAUCUUCGCGCAGGGCCGUGUGAACCAGGCUCUGGGCCGCGACGGCCUCGUGCCCUUCUCCAAGGUGCUGGCGUCCAACCGCCCCUUCAACGCGCCGCUCGCCGGCCUGGCGUGGCACGCCGUGGUCACGCUCGUGAUCCUGCUGGCGCCGCCGGCCGGCGACGCCUACAACUUCGUGCUCAACCUGUCGUCCUAUCCGCUCAACGUCAUCAACACGGCGGUCGGCUUCGCACUGGUGCUCGCCUACCUGCCGCUCUCGCUGCGCCCGGCGUGGGCACGCGAGUGGACCUCGCCCUUCCGCGCGACGCUGCCGGUCGCCGUCUUCUUCACGCUCGUGUCCGCCUUCCUCGUCGUCGUGCCCUGGCUGCCGCCGGUGCGCGCGGACGAGAGCGUGUACGACACGCUGUGGUACGCGCUCGCGCCCGCCGUCUCGAUCGGCAUCUUUGCGCUGGGCGCCGUGUACUGGCUUGUCUGGUACCACGUCCUGCCGCGCCUCGGCGGCUACACGCUCGUCCCCGUCGACACGCGCCUGUCUGACAACACGCGCGUCACGGUGUACGAGAAGCGCAAGACGGAGUAGGCGCCCCCCUUUACCCUUCUGGCUGCGAUGCAAUGUCACACGUCUUGAUGC